AUGGGCAUGGAAACUUUUGGUGGAAAGUCUAAUCCUAUUGAUGCUGACAACUGGAGGAAGAGAUUAGAGAGGAAUUUGGAUAACACUAGGUGUCCACAUGAGUAUCGUAGGGACUUGGCGGUGCAAUAUCUGAAGGAAGAGGCACUGGUAUGGUGGGAAAAGGUGGUAAAACAAGCACAAGGACGGUAUGAGCUGACUUGGGAGGAUUUUAAGACCGAAUUCUCCAGGAAGUAUUUUCCUAGAGAGGCUAUGGAUCGUAUGGAGAAUGAUUUUCUGGAGCUUCGUCAAGGCUCCACGACGGUGCGGGACUAUGAUAGGGAGUUUGAUCGACUGAGCAUGUUUGCUGGUAGAUUCAUGAAUGAGGAUGAGUUGAUUCGCAGGUUUCUGAGGGGUUUGAGGAUUGAGCUCAAGAAUCGAUGUGAGAUGUACGACUAUCACAGUAAGAUUGAACUAGUGGAAAAAGCUGCUAAUUUGGAGAUCGGGUUGGAAAAGGAGAUGAAUCAAAACAAAGAAGCACAUGCAAAAGCUACAAAGGGGACAAGCUCUAGUAAGAAGACUUGGGAUAACCAAAUUGAUGGACCAAUGCAGGAUCAAGGACUAGCGUGUGGUACUUGUGGAAAGUCACACCGUGGAGUUUGUUGGAUAACUUUAGGAGGUUGCAUGAAGUGUGGUGAGUUGGGGCAUAAAAGGGAGAACUGUCCAAAAGGUGUUGAUCAUUGCCAUAAGUGUGGGCGACUCGGCCACUAUGCCAACAGAGAUGAAGAGCAAUUGCCACCAUCACCAAAAAGAUUAGCCUUGGGGAAACGGCUAGAUUGA